UCACUGCGGAGCGCCCGGUACGAUCCGUUGGCGGCGAAUUCAAACGGUCGGCUCUGUGCCUCUGUUCCUGAAGAAAAGUCGGAGUACUUGGGUUAUAUUUCCCUGCCUCAGCUGGCGGCUGCGUCUGUGUAGUGCGGAGGUACCUCGGAAGCUGAGGCAGCUGGUACCUGAGGGGAAAAAUGGCGCUCUCGACUAUAGUCCCCCAAAGGAAGAAGAUAAAGCGAAAGGCUCCUCGCGGGUUUCUAAAACGCGCCAUGAAGCGACAGAAGCCUCACCUGCGUUUGGAGACUAAUGGCGACUUAUUGGUUCAUCUGAACUGUUUACUGUUUGUUCAUCGAUUAGCAGAAGAGUCCAGGAUAAAUGCUUGUGAGAGUAAGUGUGGAACAAUUAAAAAGGAGCAUGUCUUGGCUGCAGCAAAGGUAAUUCUAAAGAAGAGCAGAGGUUAGAAGUCAAAGAACACAUUCUUGAAAACUAUGUAUUAUUUUAGGUGGUAACAGGAGGUGAAAGCACUUUUUAUAUAUUUAUUGAUUUUGUGGAUUAUUAAAAUACUGGCUAGUUGAAGAAUUUGUGUGUAUAUUUUUUACUGGUAUUGAAAUAUCUCAAGUAAAUGCUUGAAAUUAUUUAAACAUUUUGAGGUGUAUUAUGUUUUAUUAUUUUAAGUGGCCUUUUUCAUUUUUGUUUCCAUUUUGUUGCUA